GGGGGGCCCUGCAUGGCGGCGGCGGCGGCCAAGAGGCCCAAAACGUCCCCCAAGGCCGUGAAGUUCCUGUUCGGGGGGCUGGCGGGGAUGGGCGCCACGGUGUUCGUGCAGCCGCUGGACCUGGUGAAGAACCGCAUGCAGCUGAGUAGGGAGGGGGCCAAGACCCGCGAGUACCACACCAGCCUCCACGCCCUGGGCUCCGUCCUGCGCCACGAGGGGCUGCGGGGGCUCUACACCGGCCUCUCGGCCGGCCUCCUCCACCAGGCCACCUACACCACCACCAGCCUGGGCAUCUACACCGUCCUCUUCGAGCGCCUGACGGGGGCCGACGGGACCCCCCCCGGCUUCCUCACCAAGGCGGCCAUCGGCAUGACGGCGGGGGCCACCGGUGCCUUCAUGGGCACGCCGGCCGAGGUGGCGCUCAUCCACAUGACGGCCGACGGCCGGCUGCCCCCGGCCGAACGCCGCGGCUACCGCAACGUCUUCGACACCCUGCUGCGGAUGGCGCGGGAGGAAGGCAUCCUCACGCUCUGGAGGGGCUGUGUCCCCACCACGGCGCAGGCGGUGGUGGUGAACGUGGCGCAGCUCGCCUCCUACUCCCAGUCCAAGCAGUUCCUGCUCGACUCCGGGUAUUUCCGCGACGACAUCCUGUGCCACUUCUGCGCCAGCAUGAUCAGCAGGCUCGUCACCACCGCCGCCUCCAUGCCCGUCGACAUCGUCAAGACGCGCAUCCAGAACAUGCGGACAAUCAAUGGGAAGCCGGAGCACCGCAACAGGCUGGACGUGCUGCUGCGGGUGGUCGGCCGCAAGGGCUUCUUCAGCCUGUGGAAGGGCUUCACCCCCUACUACGCCCGCCUGGGCCCCCACACCGUGCUCACCUACAUCUUCCUCGAGCAGCUCAACCGCGGCUACCGGCGGCUCUUCCUCAGCACCUGACCCACCCC